AUGGCUUCUCUUUCUCUUCAAUCUCUCUUAAAACAGAGUCUCCGAUCACCGGCGUUAAUUCUACUAUUAUUAUUCAAUCAUCUUUCUCAUCUUUCAAUGGCCGACGUCGGCACCGCCGCCAAAUACGAUCCUCCUUAUACCCCAACGGCAUGUUAUGGGACAGACCCAUCUCAGUUUCCGACAAACAAUCUAUUUGCGGCGGCCGGAGAAGGGAUAUGGGACAACGGGGCGGCGUGUGGGCGGCAAUAUCUUGUUGGUUGUAUAAGUACGGCGGCGCCGGCGAGCUGUGUUAAUGGUCAGACAAUUAGGGUGAAGAUAGUAGACAGGGCACAGUCCUCAGUUUCUAGGUCGUCUAGAGAUGGAGCCACGAUUGUUCUUUCUACAACCGCCUUUAACGCCGUUGUCUCUGGCAAUCCUCCGAUUAUUAAUAUCGAAUUCCAACAGGUUUGAGAUAAACGGACAAGAGUGUGAAUCUAUUUAGAAAUAUGGAGACU